AUGAAGGUCUCUAUUGCAUCGAUCACCACUCUUCUUGCAGCUGUUGCAGCUGCUCAGAAGCCCGUGAGCCAGGACGAGCAACGCGGCUGGUACGGAUGCACCGCCGCUCUUCUCGACAAGUUCGAGAAAGGAGAAGAUGGUUCCAAGUCUGCCUGUGACCUCUGGAGCUGCCUGCACCUCAUGUCUACCCGUUACUCGCGCGGCGGAGGUCUCACGGCACUUUCCAGUGCGCUCGAUCCCGUUUGCUGGGGCACCAACGUUGGCAGCAAGUUUCUCCCCAAGAUGGACUUUUUCCAGUACCAGGAUGAGCAGCAAGCAAUCCUGGCAGACAAUGUCGAAGACGGGAAGCUCCAUGUCAUUGUUCUCGCAGACACAUACAGUAUGAUCAGUCCAUGA